AUGAAGAACCAGCUUAUGCAAUAUUUCGAAUGUCCGGUCUGUCUGACGUACAUGCUACCCCCCAUCUUCCAGUGCGUUGUCGGGCACACCGUAUGCGCGAAAUGCCACUUCCGCCUCGACAGAUGUCCCUCCUGCAGGGGUCCGCUAGGAGGACGCGCCCUACUUGUCGAAAUACUAUCCUCCAAAAUGGAGUUUCCUUGUCAGUACGCCUCUGACGGUUGCAAAAUCAGCGGCAGGUCCUACUCCAUAAAAACUCACGAGGCAGGUUGCCAGUUUUCACGAAGAACGUGUCCUCUCUUUAAACGGCGUUCCUGCAGAUGGACGGGGCUGCUCAAGGAUCUGGUGGAGCACUUCACUGAGAAACACCCCCAGCACAUGUUUUUUGAACCGGAACCGAAACUGAUGACUUUCGGCAUGUGGCAGAGGAAACCCCGGAGGAAUGUUUCGCUUUUCUUCGUGUACGACACCAUAUUCCUCUUCUGUUGGAAGUUUAAUCAAUACAGAGAUCAGCUCAGAUUUUCCUUGAGCUACUACGGCUCCCCAGGCACAGGGAAGAUAUUUUCGUACGCGAUCUGCGUUUUGGACGGCGAUAACGACAGAGAAGUUCUUAAAAUGAGCGCACCCUGCUACAGCGUUAUGGAAGAUGAUGUCGUGAGAAAUCAGUUGUUCCUGAGCGUGCACGUUCAAGAAGUCAGCUCUUUCUUCUGCGCCGAAGGAAAUCUGCGUUUUGUUCUUAAAAUAAGAAACGAUGAUCUUAUUUCGGAGUAA